AGAGAGAGAGUAGCUCAACCGUUAAACCUAGAGAUUGCGUCAGUAAUAUAAAAAAGUGAAUUUAUAAUGGCAUUUCAAACAGGCUUGCAGUGAAAGUUGUAGUUAAUUCAGUGAGAUGCUGCUGACGCGAGGACCUCCUACUACAUGCCAAGUACAAUAAAGUAGCCUUCACACCUGGACCUGCCACGGUCUUCCAAAGAGGAAUACGGGAAGAGGAUAAUCCACCUUUAUUGUCAUGCCAAAGUUGAAUUUCCAUCCCCACCUCUAGGUUUUGCUUACAAUGCGAUGGAUGGAGGACUAAAACUUUGAAUGUUUCUAUGAAAUGAGUACCACUCUGCGGAUACCACCUUGAGUCGAUUUCUUUAAGUGGCACAUAUGUGGAUUGCUUUCAGGAUGUUACUGCCGAAACGGCCCAGGUGUUAUUGGGCCAUUAUAAAUUCGCCUGAGCAGAGUCGGGGCUUCUGCCCGGUGUAGGAACAUAUAUUGUAUUGCAAAGUCGGUGCAACAAAUCACAGGUUUGUCGAAGACAUUAAUAUUGGCAAGACAAGCAUCAUCCCUUGGUUACUAUGCAAUUGCAACUAAUAUCCCUUGUUUUGAUCUUGCACUGUAUGGAAUACAUAAAUUGUCAGCAUCACACCUCCAGGCACCGGCAACAUAAACGAGGGAACCCAGGAUGCACGGGAGGCUGCCUGACCUGUUCGCUUUACAACGGCUGUCUGACAUGCCUGCCAAAGCUCUUUUUCCACCUGGAGAGGGACGGCAUGAAGCAGAUUGGCGUGUGUCUGGCAUCCUGUCCCAAGAGUUUCUUCGGCACUCGUUCUCCUGAAAAGAAUUACUGCUCAAAGUGCGAUUCCGAGUGUGACACCUGCUUCGACAAGAACUUCUGCACACGCUGCAGAGCAGGCUCAUAUCUUCACAAGGGGAAAUGCCAAGAGAGCUGUCCAGAUGACCUAGUGCCCAGCGACACCAAGAGGGAGUGUGUCCCUUCCUGCCCGGCAGACUGUGAUGUCUGCCUGAGCAGUGAGACCUGCACGCGGUGCUCAUCAGGGCACUACCUGCUGCAUGGCCAAUGCCAUGCUAACUGCCCUGAGGGGACUGAGCCCAGACAGCAGGUGCUGGAGUGCAUCCCCACUGUCCACUGUGAAGUGGGAGAAUGGAGCGAGUGGACACAGUGCCCACGGAAAGGGAAAGCCUGCUCACGGCAGCAACUUCGCACCCGGAAAGUUUUGCAGGAGCCCAGCGCCCAGGGUAACCCCUGCCCCAACACUCUAGAGGAAAGAGAAUGCUCUGCGAAAAGAAAACGAUGCGGAAAGAGUGACAAAAACAAAGGAGAGCGUAAGAACCGCAACAGUCGGAAAGACAAGGCAAACGGCGAGAGCCGGCGAGAGCGGAAGAAGGAGCGUGAGCGCGAGAGAGAUGACAGUGAUCGGGAGGACUCGGAGAAUGGGAACAAAACUGAGCAGCGGCGCCGGAGGGCCCAGAGCGGAGACCCUGCACACGUCCAGGGAGGAGCAGCAGCGUGACGUGCUCCCACAGACCUCCCCCUGCUCCUCAUGCCCCACAGCCCCUUUGACCCCUGGCUUUGGGGGUGCUGCUGCUACCUGUGUAAUUUAAAAUGUAUACUGUAUAUGCACAAAAGAAAGGAGGCACUGCUCAUUCAAGAGGCCAUACCCAGUGUGGCUCUAACUCUUCCCCCGCCCCUGUGCAUCUAGGGGGUACCAGUGUACCCACGGUUGGUACCACAUACAGGGCGUGGAAUGCGGCUGGAUUCUGACUCUCUCUGGAGUGUUGUAGGACCUAGUACAGCAUCACUUCAUGGUUGAAUGUAGGUUUGUGUGAUAUCAUGUAGAGUUGCUGUUGUAUAAACGUAUAUAUAUAUAUUUUCUGUCUUUUUUUUCCCUUUUUUUUUUUUUGCUGAGUAAGUUAAAAGUGAGCACGCUUGCUGGCGUCAUUGACAUUGCCUGCCAACGAGGCCAUGACUGCAUGAUGGACUGGUGCAAACAGACCAGAAGCAAGGACAGGCUGUCAUUGUGCUGGAUGACGACAUAGUGGUUCUCCUGCCAAUGUUUUAUUAGUCUUUGUUCAGUGUUCGGAACAAAGGGGGAGUUUGCCUGCCUAUAGUAACAGAAUCUGAGCUUUCAAUUAAGCCAUCUUACCAGAAAUCAAAAGCACCUGUAAGUCCAAUAAAUAAUGCCAUUUGUAUGUGUUCACUGGUUUUUGUUGUCUCACCUUAAAAAGUGAGAGGUUUCUGCACAAGUACAAAUAUUUUUUUAAAAAU